AUGCAGGGCGUCCUGGCCGCUCUGCAGACUCUCAGUCCUCCCGAUGCGGGCUCUGUGGAGCGGGUUCUAGAACCUGUGCUGGAGGGAUGGUCUCGACGGCCGGAGCAGGCGACCUGGAUCCUGUCACGCUUGGCAGCGGGGCAUCUGGCCACGAGCCUGCUGGUCAUGGACGUGAUGCGGACGCAGCAUAUGCAGGUCAACACCGUGCACAUGAACACGCUGCUCAGUGCCUUCGCAAGACGAGGGCGAUGGUUGGAAGCUCGAAGCUUGCUGGAUGACAUGGUCUUGCAGGAGGUGAAGCAAGACAUCAUCUCCUGCAGUUGCGUAAUCACGGCCUGCGAGAAGGGAAAUGCAUGGGAAUUUGCGAUGCAGCUGCUGGAGCAAAUGCAGGUCGUGAAAGUGCAGCAGGACAUCAUUUGCAUGAACUCGGCCAUCAGCGCCUGUGAGAAAUCCGGGUGCUGGGCCGCCGCUUUGCGCCUGCUCGAAAGCGCCAAGCAGGCGAAGGUGCGACAAGACACCAUCACCUACAACGGCUGCAUCAGUUCAUGCGAGAAGGCCAGCGAAUGGUCGAGAGCUUUGGAACUGCUAGCUUCGAUGUCAGAUUCGCUCUUAAAGAAAGACGAUAUCUCCUUCAAUGCGACCAUCAGCGCAUGCGGCUCCAGCCAGCACUGGCUUCGUGUCCUGGAUCUCUUGCAGGAGAUGUCGCUGAGCUCCUUGCAGUCUAGCGCAGUGACCUUCGCUGCAGCAAUCUCUGGUCUUGGGCCACGUUGGCAAAUGGUCUUGGCUCUCCUUGAAGACAUGAACCGCGAAGCCAUUGAGAAAGACUUGGUCUGCUACAAUGCCGCAAUCAGUGCCUGCGAGCGAGGUAGCUGUUGGCAAGGGGCCAUCUUCAUUUUGACGAAAGACAUGGCCAUAGCAGAUACGAUCUCCUUUGGAGCUCUUAUCAGUGCGUGUGCGAAAGGCCUUGAGUGGCAGGUUGCUCUUGACCUGCUGUUCGAGACCAAACCAGCACUUGCCCUGACCAAGACCGCAGUGACCGUGGGUGCUGCUAUCAGUGCCUGCGGGAGCAGCUUUGAGUGGGAUCGCGCGCUGAAAGUACUCAACUGGGCCCGGGAUGACCAAGUGAAACUGGAUGCAGUUGUGUACAAUGCAUCCAUCGCUGCCUGCGAGAAGGGCUAUGCUUGGGAGAUAGCUCUGAACUUGCUGGGCAGGAUGCUGGUAUCCCAAGUUGAGCCGUCCUAUGUUACUUAUAAUUCGCUGAUCAGUGCAUGUGAACAGGGCGGCCAGUGGCGGCAUAGUUUGGAGCUGCUUGAAGACAUGCGAACGGCUGCGCUGCAGUGCGGCAGGGAGGCCUUCGGCAGCGCCCUUCUGGCGUGCACGCGUGGCCAGGCUUGGCAGACGGCGCUCCUGCUUUGCGGUGCCAUGUCAUCGUGCUCCGUGCAGAAGGAUGCUGACAUUUGCUCGUCAGCAGUGGUCGCAUGCGAAGCUGGCACUCGUUUCCACACGGCUGCAGAGCUGCUGUCCGACAUUACACUUCUCACCCAAGCGGAGCUGCAGUGGUAG